GCGGCGGCGGCGGCGGCGGGUCGGUAGUCAUGGUAACCCUUCCCCAGCCUGGAACCGUCCCCCUUUGUGGUUAUGGAGCCCCAAACCUCUCCUGUCUCUGCACCAGGAGGAGAUUGCUAAGGUAACCUAAGUCCCUGGUGGUCCUUCUGCCUCUACCUUCAUUUGGUUACUAUGGCAACCUCACCUAGCACUCAGGUAGAAAGGACCCCAGCCCCAAGGACACUGAUUGCUGAGAGAACACCUCUUUCCCAACCCCUCCCCCUAGCCACCUAGUUGGCAUUACCAUGGUAACCGUUCCCCCCCCCCAUCGUGGGAGGUCCAUGGACCAAACCAACCAGGUGUUUUUAUUUAGAGAAGAUGCUCUGCUGAGGAGUUGUUGCUAUGGUUACAGGGCCUGGACCAGGAGGUGGAAACAGGCAAGGCCAACCCCUGGUUACUAUGGUAACAAGGACAGUCCCCCUUCCCGUGACCCUAAGAACCAGGCCCACCAAGGUAGGAGACAGUUUUAAGAUUGUGUCUCAGGAUGGAGUAGGUCUAGGGAAGAGGUUGUCAUGGUAACAGCUUUGGUCACUUCUAGCCCCACCUUUCUGGACACAUUCAUUCAUAAGAAAGGGAUGGUUAUAGGUUGCUAUGAUAACUGACAUCCUUCCCACCCAUUCCUGAGAUACUCCAGGUGGUGCCUGAGCUUAUAGAACUUCAAAAAGUAAAGGAUUCUCUGACGUUCUCAUUGCCACUUUUGUAGGUAAGGUGAAAUCAUACUCUACUGUGCAAAAUUGGCUGAUUUGGGGUUUUCUGGUUCUCGUUCCCUCGGCAGUGCAGCUGAGCUGGGCUGGAACCGCCCACCCGGAGGUCCUGCAGCACCCUAGGAGGAUGCCCUGGAAGCCCAGCUAGGGCCCGACUUUGGCCCCAUGCGUCUCACCCGCUGCCAGGCUGCCCUGGCAGCCGCCAUCACGCUCAACCUCCUGGUCCUCUUCUAUGUCUCAUGGCUGCAGCACCAGCCCAGGAACUCCCGGGCCCGGGGUCCCCGCCGUGGAGGGGCUGCCGGCCCCCGCGUCACCGUCCUGGUGCGGGAGUUCGAGGCCUUUGACAACGCGGUGCCUGAGCUGGUGGACUCCUUCUUGCAACAGGACGCAGCCCAGCCCGUGGUGGUGGCCGCCGACACGCUCCCCUACCCGCCCCUGGCCCUGCCCCGCAUUCCCAACGUUCGCCUGGCGCUGCUCCAGCCUGCCCUGGACCGGACCGCCGCGGCCUCGCGCCCCGAGACCUAUGUGGCCACCGAGUUCGUGGCCCUGGUGCCCGACGGGGCGAGGGCCGAGGCACCGGGCCAGCUGGAGCGCAUGGUGGAGGUGCUCCGGGCGGGAGGGGCACGCCUGGUGGCCGCCCCCGUCGCCUCGGCCAACCCUGCCCGGUGCCUGGCCCUGAACGUCAGCCUGCGGGAGUGGACGGCCCGCUACGGCCCCGCGCCCUCCGCGCCCCGCUGCGACGCCCUGGACGGAGACGCCGUGGUGCUCCUGCGCGCCCGCGACCUCUUCAACCUGUCGGCGCCCCUGGCCCGGCCGGUGGGCACCGGCCUCUUCCUGCAGACGGCCCUGCGCGGCUGGGCGGUGCAGCUGCUGGACCUCCAGUUCGGCGCUGCGCGCCAGCCCCCCCUGGCCACGGCCCACGCGCGCUGGAAGGCGGAGCGCGAGGGGCGCACGCGGCGGGCGGCGCUGCUGCGCUCGCUGGGCAUCCGCCUGGUGAGCGGGGAGGGCGGGCGCCUCGAGUGGUUCGGUUGCAGCAAGGAGACCCCGCGCUGCUUCGGGACGGUGGUGGGCGACACGCCGGCCUACCUCUAUGAGGAGCGCUGGACGCCCCCGUGCUGCCUGCGCGCGCUGCGCGAGACCGCCCGCUACGUGGUGGGCGUGCUGGAGGCGGCGGGCGUGCGCUACUGGCUGGAGGGCGGCUCGCUGCUCGGGGCCGCCCGCCACGGGGACAUCAUCCCGUGGGACUACGACGUGGACCUGGGCAUCUACCUGGAGGACGUGGGCAACUGCGAGCAGCUGCGGGGGGCCGAGGCGGGCUCGGUGGUGGACGAGCGCGGCUUCGUGUGGGAGAAGGCCGUAGAGGGCGACUUCUUCCGCGUGCAGUACAGCGAGAGCAACCACCUGCACGUGGACCUGUGGCCUUUCUACCCCCGCAACGGAGUCAUGACCAAGGACACGUGGCUGGACCACCGGCAGGAUGUCGAAUUCCCCGAACACUUCCUGCAGCCUCUCGUGCCCCUGUCCUUCGCUGGCUUCGUGGCGCAGGCGCCUAACAACUACCGUCGCUUCCUGGAGCUCAAGUUCGGCCCUGGGGUCAUCGAGAACCCCGAGUACCCCAACCCGGCACUCCUGAGUUUGGCGGGAAGCAGCUGAAGCUCCAGCGCCCGCUCCUGGGGUCUGAAGAACACUCAUGCGCGGGGAGCUGCCCUUUGCUUUGGCGCCGCUGGCAUUUGGUGGGCGGGCCGGGGACGGGCCUGGACUUCGAAGACCUGCCCUGCCCAAGAUUUCCAAGAGCUUGGGUUUUAUUUAGAGCACGGACAGUUUUAUAAAGAGGAAAAAGUGUACGUUCUGCGGCUGGACUACCGCGAUUAAAACCCCGGCUCUACCUCUUACUAGUGGGGCCGGCCUGGGAGAGUGUCCCAGUUUCUGGGUGCGCAUCACUUUCCUCCAGGAUUCAGUGAGUGCACUCGCAGUGUCUCGCUCGCAAAGAGCCCGCAGGACACUUGGUUGCUGGGGUAGCUUCCGCCACUAGAGGGCGCCUUUGUCCUGCUCUGGGGCCAAGGCCGGAGCAAGCCCGGACCUCCCCGUUCCCGUUAGAGAGCCUUUGGUCUCUCUAAUCCCCCGUACCUAGAGGGACAAGAUGACUAUCUCCCUUCUUCCAGAAUGCGACCUCCUUGCUUCCUGGGAGAGCCCUGUGAGAGCCCUGUGAGAUGCAUGCUGCUCUUAACCCCAUCUUACAGAGGAGGAAACAGGCUCAGCCCUGAGCUGCAGCUGUGGUUAGGAACCCAGCUCUGGAUGCCAGACUCACUCCAUGUUAACUGCGUUACCUCAUUGUAAUGCUCCGCACCUGUUGGCCCACUUGCACGGCGGGAUAAACAGCAAUCCUAGCUCACAUUACUCAGCACGUACGGUGUGCCCGGCAUCCCUCUCAGUGUUGGACACGGAUUAACUGAUCAAUCUCUCACCUCAACCCUCUGAGGCGGGAGGGAGCUGCUAUUAUUUCUGUUUUACAAGUGAGCACACUGAGGCGGGAAUGGUAAAGUCACUUGCCCAUGGUCAGACAGCUUAGGAAGUGACAGAGCAGGGACUCGAACCCAGUCAGGCUGGAGCCCACACUGAAGUUGGGUACUCUGCCCCCCUCUAGUAACGCAACAUGAGAGGGAGGGUCCCGGGAGGCCGCAGCACUUAGCAGGUGAAGCCAUGGCGGCCUUCCUUUUGUGAUCAUGCACCCAAGAGUAAAUGGUGUUUGGGCAAGUAUCCUGAAUAUGUGUAUUUAUUUAUAAGUUAUAUACAGGUACUACUAUCAUUCUGUAUAUUAGUAAUGAGGCUUAAAUUAUCCCAUUUUAAAAUUUAAAAUAAACCUAGAGGUUUUUGUCUA